AGAAUAUGUCAUAAUACAAAUAUGUAAACAUAUUUUGUCAAAAAUUAGUCCUCCUCAUAUAACCCAUUAUGUCCACCGUGUCCAAAUUCACAGUGUCCAUUCGUGAACUCAUUCGCAAAAAAUUCAACUGGUUGUUGCCGAAAACAUCCCCUGAAAGCAAUCCAGCGAAAAAUGCUGUAGAAGUGCGAGCAGAAUCCGCUGAUCUCUUUAAAACCCACGAAGAAGAUGCCACAAAAAGCGAGGUAAAAUUACCGAGAGAUUCGAGUGCGGCUUAUAUUAAAAGCUAUUUGAAAAAUGUGAGCCAAUACUCGCCGAUUAGUAGACCGAAAUCAUCCCCGUUUGGAAUUGAGAAGAAACAUUUUUAAUUAGUACGAGCAAUAGAUAUUCAAAUGUCGAUGUAGAACGGAAAAUAUAACAUCAAAUUGCAA